AUGGGUCUACUAUUCGCAAAAUUGUGGAGUCUCUUUGGUAAUGAAGAACAUAAGAUAGUUAUGGUAGGUUUAGAUAAUGCUGGUAAAACAACUAUAUUAUACCAGUUUCUAAUGAAUGAAGUUGUUCAUACAUCACCAACUAUUGGAUCCAAUGUCGAAGAAGUUGUUUGGAAAAAUAUUCAUUUCAUAAUGUGGGAUUUAGGUGGACAACAGAGUUUACGAGCUGCAUGGUCUACCUAUUAUACUAACACAGAAUUCAUAAUUAUGGUUAUAGAUAGUACUGAUAGAGAAAGGCUUGGUGUAAUAAGAGAAGAAUUAUAUUCAAUGCUAAAUCAUGAAGAAUUAAGUAAAGCCAAUGUUUUAGUUUAUGCUAAUAAGCAAGAUUUAAAAGGUAGCAUGACAGCUGCUGAAAUUUCUAGACAACUAGAUUUGACUUCAAUCAAAAAACAUCAAUGGCACAUACAAAGUUGUUGUGCACUUACAGGAGAGGGGUUGUAUCAAGGGCUUGAAUGGAUCGUUGGACGCUUGAAAAAGACAUGA